AAUUUUGUUUUUUGGUCUUUUUUUUCUUUAGAUGUUUUGAGGUUUACAUUAGAUCACAAUUAUGAAUCAUUUAUGUUUUUUAUGUAAUUUCCAAAACUUUUCGCUCGAUUAUUAAAUCUCCGUCAACUAUGGACUCUUCAAGAAGAAAUAAUUCUGAGGAGCAAAGGUGUAUACUGGGUUUGCAGGAUUUGAAAUUAUCUAACAAAGACGAAAAUGAUACUGAGCAAGCGCAAAGUACUUCAACAUCUUACAUUACUGGUCAAUCAAAGUCUCGACCCGUGGGUGCGAUAGAGAGCUUUACUUUAGAUAAUUCGGCAAAUCGUCAGGAUUAUAGUUUCUACGAACGGUCCAAUGUUAUCGCAGCUUCAAAAUUUGCAACCCCUAAGCGGGUAGAAACUAUCGCGUCGAUCAAUAAACGGGAUAUAAACACUGCUGCGCUUCCAGCUAGUCCUACAAGAUCUAUAGAUUCCGUAUCUCAGAGGUCAUUGAGCUACCAAAGUGAAGAUUUAUACGAGAUCCCAGGCAAUACGAGCGCUCAGUACCCUCAACCAGUGUAUGAAAAUAUAGAUUAUUAUACGGAACAACAGUUGUCCCAGCCGCCCUAUUUUCACCAACUGUAUCAGAGCCAGCCUCUUGCAGCCGAAGGGUAUUACGACACACGGUACAGUAAAGCGCAGCCUCAAGUGCCAGUAAAUAGUAAACCAAAGCCAUUGGUAUAUGAAAAUAUGCUUUGUCCUGAUAAAGAUAAAAAACUCGAUUAUAAAAUGCAAGGUAAUGUAGAACAACCCUACAUACAACAAGGCUCUGUUCCUGGCCCCCAGGUCCCAAAUACUAGCAUGAAUAGGAUGACAUCCCAAAGGAUUCUUAGGGAUAAGCCUAAAGUUGAAAAGGCUCCACCCCCACCACCAUAUAACAGUUCAAAUGAUAACUCCAGCAGCAGUGACUACACAAUUAUGAAGUCUGCACCUCCUAAGUAUAUGGAUGUCAGUGCUCUGAUAAAAAACAGUAACUCUGUAAGUUUUGACAAUAAAGCUGUGACAAUUCCUUCCACUGCUAUUUAUGCUUCAAUCGCUCCAAGUGCUCAAAGACCCAAGGCAAAUAUUGCUACAGAAGUGCAAGUGGCAGCGGCCGCAACUGCCCCAAAAUAUUUUCACUCAAAGCCACCUAUUGGUAAUGGUCUAGGAAAAGUUAAAGUGACAGCCAUCAAUGGAAGCUAUGGUACAACUCCAAAACUACUGCCUAACAGGAUGCAGAUUGUGGAAGACACUAAUGGUUCUGAUUAUGUUUGUAUGACUGGAGGUUCGCCAGCUACAACUACUGCCUCUGCUAAUAAGGACAAUGUCUCCUUAGCAUCAGAAUCAAUUUCAUCUAGAAACUUAGUAUCAGGGUUAACAUCCUUGUGUUCACCAGCUCCAUCCCCCGCACCAAGUCCUACCCCUAGUUCAGUAUCUCAAGUUUCUGGUGGAUCUCGAGGCUCUGGUGGCAGAGGGAAAAGCUUACUACCUUAUAGUAUUACCCCACCUCGUCCGCCAGGACCCAGUGAAGCUCAACGUAAAAUUGAAGAGCUGACACGGCAACUUGAAGAAGAAAUGGAAAGGCAAGAUGAGGAAGGGGAAUAUUUCGGUAUCUGCCACACUUGUGGGGCUGGUGUGACGGGCGCCGGCCAGGCUUGCCAGGCUAUGGGCAAUCUAUACCACACCAACUGUUUCAUAUGCUGUUCUUGUGGAAGAGCCUUACGUGGCAAGGCCUUUUACAAUGUACACGGCAAAGUGUACUGCGAAGAGGAUUAUCUGGUUAGCGAUACAAAUUACUCAGGAUUCCAGCAAACGGCUGAGAAAUGUGCAAUAUGUGGACAUUUAAUAAUGGAAAUGAUCCUUCAAGCGAUGGGCAAGUCCUACCACCCUGGAUGUUUCCGUUGUUGUAUCUGUAACGAGUGUUUGGAUGGAGUACCUUUCACCGUUGACGUUGACAACAAGAUUUACUGUGUGAACGAUUACCAUCGAAUGUUUGCACCUAAAUGUGCCAGCUGUGGAAAAGGGAUAACUCCAGUGGAAGGCACUGACGAAACAGUACGAGUGGUGUCUAUGGACCGUGACUUCCAUGUUGAUUGCUACAUGUGUUGUGUUUGUGGGAUGCAGCUCACAGACGAGCCGGACAAGAGAUGCUAUCCACUAGCUGGUCAAUUGAUGUGUCGAGCCUGUCACCUGUCCACCAUAGGAGCGUCAACAGGCCCGGGCAUGCCGCCAGCACCACAUCUCUCACCAGCCUCAUACCAAUACAUGGGAUAAACAUAACAUGGAAUCAGCCAAUAUUAGAUUGCAUUUCAUAUUACAACUGAUGUAAUCAAUAGUUCAAAUAACUUUUUAGACUAUAGCAAGUAGUCGAGGGACAUUGUGAUAGUAAAAAUGUGUCAGUAAGUGAAUUAUUGUGCAUAUAAAGAUUUGUAUUCAUUAAUUUUAUGUGUUAGGAAAAUCAUGUGCUCAUUUUGCUCAUCAGUGAUUUUAACAGCUAUGUAGGUUAUAGAUAGUAGGAUUUCCUAAUGAAUAAAUUUUUUAAAUUUGUUGAAUUUUUGGGAUUGUUACAAUAAAAUAUAUUAAGUAUGAAGUGAUAGUUACAUGUUAAAAUUUUAAGCCUUUCGCCUACAAACCUUGUGAUAUAUUUGGUUUUAUAUUGUUGUAAAUCAGUACGGGAAUUUAAAAAAAUAAACAUUAACGGUAUAAAACGGGCUCAAAUUGGGAUAAUUUUAAUAAAAGGUACAGUAUUAUACGGACAUGAACAAAAUACUAAUAAGCAUUACUACUGUCACAUAGUAAAUAACUUCCUUGCAUUUAUUACUUUUAUGUUAUUCAUACAGCGGCAGCACAUCUGGGUUGAUAACUGUAUUAUUUAAGUAAGCUUUAUUUGUAGUUAAGAAUUAAGAGUUUUAAUUAUAAACAUUCCGGUGUUGUGCUGUCCUAUGUGUAGGGUGUACUUAACAUACUGUUAGAUGAUAUCUGUACAUUUUGACUGUGGAAAUGUUUAUUCAUAAUAAUUAAUGAUAAGAAAACACUUGUUAAAAGUGACCUUGUAUUUAUAUAUUUUUUAACAAUAAAUAAUGACAAAAAUUGUAUAAA